AUGAAGUCGAUUAAUGUCUUCAACCUUGGGGCUUUGUUGGUGUCGUCGGUGACUCCUUUAGCCAUCUCAUGCCCUACCGCUCAUCAUGCAGCCCCCAUUGUCGACUUAUCCAAUGGCACUUACAGAGGCACCUACAAUCAGCAUUAUCACCAAGACCUCUUCCUUGGCAUGCCCUACGCCAAAGCCCCAGUCAAUGACCUCCGGUUGUGUGUUCCACAGUCUCUGAAUAGUACCUGGACAGGCAUCCGGAACGCAACCAAGUACUCACCGUCGUGUAUUGGUUACGGCAGUGACACUUGGGUCCUGGGCAAUCAUGUUUCUGAAGACUGCCUGAGUAUCAACGUGGUUCGCCCAGCCGGUCUACCUGAAGGAGCCAAACUCCCCGUUGCUGUCUGGAUCCAUGGUGGCGGUUGGGUGAAUGGCGGGAGUUCAGAUCCCCGAUACAAUCUCUCGUUCAUCGUGGAACAAUCGGUUAGGAAUGGCAUGCCAAUUAUAGCCGCAAGCAUGAAUUAUCGCCUUCACGCCUGGGGAUUCCUUCAUAGCGCCGAGCUUGCGGCUGAGGGAUCAACCAACCUUGGCUACAGAGAUCAACGGCUGGCCCUUCACUGGAUCAAAGAAAAUAUUGCCAAUUUUGGGGGAGAUUCGGAACGCGUCACUUUAUGGGGCGAGAGUGCAGGAGCAUUCUCUGUCGGAUCUCAACUGGUCGCAUACGGAGGCCGGGACGACAAGCUCUUUAGUGCCGCCAUCCUCCAAAGCGGAUCACCCUUGGUCUUCGGACUCAAGCCCCAGACUGCAAGCACUUGGGAGCCGUAUUGGAACAAGCUAUUACAUACUACGAACUGUUCAGUCGCAGAGCCGGUGGCAUGCCUUAGAAAGAUUCCCACCAACGAGCUCAGCGCGGUUCUCAAUAGCUCAUUUGCUUCACCGCCCAGUUGGGGUCAAGUAGUAGAUGGGGACUUCAUCCCUGCAAGCGGGAGGGCCCUGUUGAAGAAGGGAAAGUUCGCCAAGGUGCCUCUUCUUACGGGCACAAACUUCGAUGAGGGCACCGAGUUUGUUUCUCAAGGGAUUAACACAACGUCUCAGUUCGCUCAAUAUGUUAGAUCUGUUGGCGUUGCCAAGCCAGCAGUCCACAGCAUUGAGAAGCUGUAUUCCAACAACCCUGCAGUUGGCAUACCAGGCACACUCAAGGGUAGACCAGAAGGACAUCUUACAUACCUCGGACGGCAAUACAAGCGUGCCGCUGCCUUCAGCGGAGAUGUAUUUCAGCACGCCGGUCGAAGACUCACGGCCCAGUCGUGGGCCAAACAGCAAAUACCCGUGUGGAGCUACCACUGGAACGUCCUUGUCAAGAACGUGUCGCCAGCUAAAGGCGCAAGCCACUUCCAGGAAGUCGUAUUCACUUUCAAUAAUGCUAACGGCCAAGGAUACGACACAGUUGUCUCUAACAACCCAUUGGCCGGAAAACCCGCUAGCCUGGUCAAGUUGGCAGACGUCAUGUCAACAGCUUGGAUUAGCUUUAUUGUUAACCACAAUCCGAAUAGCUACGGUAAGACUCAAUCCCUCACUUGGCCACAGUAUCGAGAACGGUCUGAGAAGAAUCUGGUGUUUGAUGUUAAUGUGACAGGGUUAGCUUAUAGCGAGCCUGAUUCGUUCCGCCACAAACAGAUUGCUUAUAUCAUUGAUAACCUAUAUUGA